AUGGAUUCCCUCCGUUCGGCGCUUCAGCCCAUCACUCACAACCUCCCGGCCCCCAUUGUGGAGACUGGGCGCACGCUGCUCACACCUUACUGCUACAAGACGCUGGUUCUCGACAUCGACCCCUUUGCGUCGCCCGACUGUCUUAAGCUCGCCAUCAGCAAAGGUCUCGGUAUCGGCAUCAUUGCCGCCUCCUCCAUCGUCAAGGUGCCCCAGCUCCUUAAGAUCAUCAACUCGGAAUCCGCCUCGGGCAUCUCCUUCCUGUCCUACCUCCUUGAGACCGGCUCCUACAUCAUCAGCCUCGCGUACAAUGCGCGCCACGGCUUUCCCUUCAGCACCUACGGCGAAACCGCGCUGAUCCUGGUCCAGAACGUUGUCAUCGCUGGCUUGGUGCUCAAGUACAGCGGGAAAGGCGCUGGGGCUGUCGGCGCGUGGGUCGCGGGUAUUGUGGCUGUCGGCGCAGCACUGUCGAGGGGUGACAUUGUGGAUUUCAAGACGCUAGCCUGGCUGCAGGCCGGUGCUGGUGUGUUGAGCGUGGCUAGCAAGGUGCCGCAGAUUGCGACAAUCUUCUCGCAGGGUGGGACUGGACAGUUGAGCGCGUUCGCUGUCGUAAACUACCUCCUCGGUUCCCUCUCCCGCAUCUUCACCACCCUCCAGGAAGUCCCCGACAAGCUGAUCCUAUACAACUUCAUGGCAGGCUUCGCCCUCAACCUCAUCCUCGCCCUGCAGAUGAUGUGGUACUGGAACAGCGCAACCUCCAAGAACACGGCUAGCGCCAAACUCAACAAACCCGUCUCUUCAAAGGCUGGCGCCAAACAGGUCCGCGAUCAGAAUGCGACUACAACCAGCGGUACUAGCUAUGCUAAGUCUGCGGCGAAGAGCCCUAGUACGAGGCGUAGAGGAUAG